CGCGGGUGCCAAGUAAGAAAGCAAGCACAGCAGGCUAAGAGGGGCGGGAGGAGUCCGGCGGAAGCCACGCCCACCAUGCCUCAGGUUGCGCUGCAUUGGGGUGGAGAUCCAGAAUUCGGCAAAGAGGAAAGCGGGGCACCUCUGCGGCCUCACCAGCGCCUCCUAGACCCCUGCGCCGGUUGCCUCAGAGCAGACGAAUUCAGGAAGGUCAAGAAGAUUGAAGAUUGAGAAAAGGCUACCCAACUUGGCCAGCAAGAGAUCAGGAGUACUUUUGAAGAAUUUUCAGACACAUCCUGAAUACGAAAUCAUCCAAUUAAAUUGAUACCAUCUCAUCGCCAUGAACAUUUUACUUAGAAUACAGUGCUCCAGGAUCCCCAAAGUGUCCAUGAGAUCAUUCCACAAAGAUUAUGGAGUAUCAACCCCUCAGAACUUUUCUGAUUAUGAAUCCAUUAAACGAGAUUGCAAAAUAGAGGUACCAGAGUAUUUCAACUUUGCCAAAGAUGUAAUGGAUCAUUGGGCCAAGAUGGAGAAGAUUGGAAAGAGACCAUCAAAUCCAGCCUUCUGGUGGGUAAAUGAUAACGGAGAAGAAGUAAAGUGGAACUUUCAGGAGUUGGGAUCUUUGUCUAAAAAAUUAGCCAAUGUCCUUACUGAAUCCUGUGGUCUGAAAAAGGGAGACAGAGUAAUUGUGAUUUUACCUGCAAUUCCAGAAUGGUGGCUAAUAAAUGUGGCAUGUCUACGGACAGGCACUGUCUUAAUUCCUGGAACCAUGCAGCUGACUGAAAAUGACCUGUUGUAUAGGCUUCAAACUUCUUCAGCAAAGUGCAUUAUUACCAAUGAUACUUUGGCUAUAACAGUGGAUGCCAUUGCCCAUAAAUGUAGAAAUCUGAAGUCCAAGUUAAUUGUUUCUGAGAAGCCUAAGGAGGGGUGGGGAAACCUCAGAGAACUGAUGAAACAUGCAAAUGAUGACCACAGCUGUGUGAAGACUAGACACAAUGAUACAAUGACCAUCUACUUUACUAGUGGGACCACUGGCUCUCCUAAAAUGACAGAACAUACGCAUAGCAGUUAUGGUUUAGGAUUAUCCAUAAAUGGAAGGUACUGGCUGGAUUUGACCCCUUCUGAUAUAAUGUGGAAUACAUCAGACACAGGCUGGGCAAAAUCAGCUUGGAGUAGUGUUUUUUCUCCAUGGAGUUUAGGAGCUUGUGUGUUUGCAUAUUAUAUGCCGCGUUUUGAGCCAGCCUCCAUCUUAAAAACCUUAUCCAGAUUUCCUGUUACAGUCUUCUGUACAGCUCCAACUGCCUAUCGGAUGCUUGUGUUAAAUUAUAAAUCCAGUUAUAAGUUCAAAAGUCUAAAGCACUGUGUAACUGCAGGAGAGCCAAUUAAUCCUGAAGUGUCUGAACAGUGGAAAAAGAAGACAGGAUUGGACAUCUAUGAAGGAUAUGGACAGACAGAAACGGUGCUAGUCUGUGGAACUUUCAAAGGAAUGAAGAUUAAAAAUGGUUCAAUGGGAAAGCCUUCUCCAGUUUUUGAUGUUAAGAUUAUUGAUGAAAAUGGUGACAUCCUGCCCCCUAAACAAGAAGGAACUAUUGGCAUCCGAGUUCUACCUAAUCGACCACUCGGUUUAUUUGCUGGUUAUGUCGAUGAACCUGUCAAAACAUCCUCAGUGUUCCGUGGGGAUUUCUAUAUGACUGGUGACAGAGGAUAUAUGGAUGAAGAUGGAUAUAUCUGGUUUAUUGGAAGAUCAGAUGAUAUUAUCUUAUCUUCUGGAUAUCGAAUUGGUCCUUUUGAAGUAGAAAGUGCUCUGGCUGAGCAUCCAGCAGUCCUGGAGUCAGCAGUAGUUAGCAGUCCGGACCAAGUCAGAGGAGAGGUAGUAAAGGCCUUUGUAAUUCUCAAGGCUGAAUAUAAGUCACAUGAUCCAGAAAAAAUAAAAAAUGAGCUUCAAGAACAUGUCAAAAAAACUACAGCACCAUACAAAUAUCCCAGAAAGGUGGAAUUUGUUCACGAGUUGCCAAAGACCAUCAGUGGGAAGAUAAAAAGAAAUGAAUUGCGGAAGAAAGAAUGGGGGAAAGUCUAGUUUUCUUUGAUUAUGUCAUACUAUAAUACCUGUAAAACCCAAAUAUUUUCUGAAACUUAAAUCCUAAAGAUGAAAUAAAGAAAUGGAUACUCAUA